AGAGAAAAAGAGAGAGAGAGAGAGAGAGAGAGAGAGAGAGAGAGAGAGAAAGAUAAUGAAAUGAAAGAGAGAAAGAAAAAGUGAAAUAAUUAGAGAAAAAAAAAGAAAAUAAGCAAGUAAAUUUAGACUAAAAAUAAAGAGUGAAAAAAAAAUGUGAAGAAAAAAUAAAAUAAAUAAAUAGAGAGAGAGAGAGAGAGAGAGAGAGAGAGAGAGAGAGAGAGAGAGAGAGAGAGAGACAAACAUAAACAAACAAGAAAACAACAACAACAACAACAACAAAAAUGCCAUCUCCACCACCACCAGCAGUCUCUUCCUGAGGUCACCAGAAGACGUCAUGGAGGAGGUCACAGGAGGAGGAGGAGGAGGAGGAGUGCCCCCUCCCCCUCCGCCCCCCUCCUCUGCCCCCCGCCCCCCCCUCACCCCCUCCGACGUGGGCGCUCUGCUGUCCAUGUACGCCAAGCCUCCAUAUGACACCAGGGAGACCGUCUAUAAGACUCAGCAAAUCCUCUCUCGGUGCCAAGAAUUAAUGGAGCUGGACUAUAAGUGUUUGGUCAUCCCGAACCCCAAUGGCGAGCUCUGUAGCAGUUAUCCCAAUCAGCUGUUCAUCCCCGAGUGCGAGCGAGCAGAAGAAGAAGAAGAAGAGGAGGAGGAGGAAGUUCCGAGAGGGAGCAGUCACCCGGCAACUUCCGCUCCCCCCUCCCACUCCGCUCCCCACCACCACCACCACCACCCCUCCCCCCUGACCCUGGCCUCCCCCUCCCCACUUUUUAAUCCGCCAUCUUUCUCCUCUGUGGUGGUGCGUGGAGUUGGUGGUGGAGGUGGAGGUGGUGGAAUCAUGUCGCCUGACCCCCUUACAGAUGGGUUCAAACUGCGCGAUCUCAUUCUGAAGGCCAAGUUUGCAAGGUGUCGGGCAAGAUUUCCAGUUCCUGUGAUUCUGUACAAGGGGAAUUAUAUAUGCCGGUCGUCAACGCUCGCUGGAGGCCCGGAAAUGUACGGAAGAUCAGGAAUUGAAUAUUUACUCACAGCGGCAAUCUCUGGGAAGGCGGAAGAGGAGGUGGAGGAGGAGGAGGACCCCAGCACCAGCACCACCACCUCCACCAGCACCUCCAGCACCAGUAACAGCACAAGUGGAGGUGGAAGUGGUGGAGACUGGCAACUGUUUGACAAGGUUCGCUCACAGGACAUCAGGCUGUUGAAGGCGUGCAGCGUCGGGGUCAUUGUGGACCUUAUGGUAGAGAAGAAGAAAGUCAAGUAUGGGCUGAACGUGACGUCCUCCGAGAAGGUUGACAAGGAGAACCGCUAUGGAGCCUUCAGUAUCCUCUCCUUGCCCUACCCCGGUUGUGAGUUCUUCCGUGAGUUCCGCGACGCUGGCUAUUCCGCUGACGGGAUGACCAUCAACUGGAACCACACCUUCAUGGACGCACACCUGGUCAUCCCCGAGAGGUCACACGCGCGCCGGGUCGCCUCGGAUUGGAACGCUUACAGGAAAUGGGACCUGAUCCGCCUCACCCAGAACUACCUGCGUCUUCUCCUCCUCCACGCACAAGAGGGCUCCGAGGGGCUGCUGGUACACUGCAUAUCGGGGUGGGAUCGGACGCCCCUCUUCAUCUCCCUCCUGCGGCUUUCCCUGUGGGCUGACGGACUCAUACACCCCUCACUUGGGCCCCUAGAGAUCCUGUAUUUGACGAUCGCCUACGACUGGCUGCUGUUUGGCCAUGACCUGAAGGACCGUUUGGCCAAGGGCGAGGAGAUAUUUUUCUUCUGCUUUGAUUUUUUGAAGUACAUCACCACAGAGGAGUUUUCUGUUGACAAGAGACGCAACCAGUCAACCGCCAGCACCAGCGACGGUAGCGGAGGCGGAUGCACGUCAACCGGCGGAUCCUCAACCAACUCAUCCGCCACAAUCAACAACAACAACACAGGAAGCACAAGUGGAUUACUCCUCCUCCUGGAUGGCGACGGAUUAAGCCCAGCCGGAUCAUCCACUUCCCUGACCUCAUCGUGCUCAUCCAACCGGUCUUUCCCCAUUCUACCGCCGAGGUAUUUCCGGGCGGAUGCACCCGGUCUAGCCUCAACCGCCCAUCUCACCUGGCCAUACGGUAGCGACACAUCCGACUUGGACCUGGAUGACUUCUCCCCGCGUCUCAGCCGGGCGUCAUCUGCGUCAUCCACCAAGGGGCUAUCCGGUAGAGUGCGGGAUAUGGACGUGGAUGUCACCCGGCAGACCGCAAGCUGGACCCGGGAGCCACGGAAUCUGAGCGAGUCGAGCGAGAGCAGCGGAUUGACGGAUGAGAACAAGACCGGGGCGGAUGAGUUCACCCGAGCGUCAACCAGCCCGGUAGCCGUCCCCGUCCCCCGGAGCCGGAUGAAUCAACCGUCCCAGAGGAUACGAAAUGAGUCCCUGUCAUCCGUUGGCUCCUGGCAGAUUAUCACGACUACUGGGUCACUGAAGGGGUCAUCCGGUCUGUCUGCUGGGUCAUCCGUGUCAACCGGCGGUGGUGGCGGGGGAGGGUCAGCCGCCUCAGCCUCAGCCGCCGCUAUACCCACCACAUCAUCCGCCGCAGUGUCAUCCGCCACGCCGCACGGAUCAGCCAGUUCAAGAGCAUCUGUGUCCUCCUGCUUUUCAAUGGGUUCGGGGCUUGUGGAUUCCGCCUGUACCCUCAAAGCGGAGAGCGGCGGACUUGGGGUCAGCGCUUCCGAGGCGGACAAGGUGGAGUCUUCAAAACGUCCGGAGAAACUGGCCAAGGUCAGGUCACUCUUCUACAACCAGUACGUGACCUCCAUCGGGUUCAGCGCCUGCAAUGGACGACAUGAUUCUGGUCUGGGCACGCUGGUCUCAAAUUUUGCACAGAAGGUUGGGAUUCGGCCCUCACCUAACCGGGGGACCUAGGCCUACUGGGAGGGGGGCUGGAGGGGUUGGGGUCUACACUAGGGUCUGGGCUGGGCUAGGUUAGGUUAGGUCAGGCUACACUGUGAACAUGGCAGCUAGGUUAGGUUAGGUUAGGGUCUGUUGGGAAGGGCUGGGGUCUACACUAGGGGCUGGGCUGGGCUAGGUUAGGUUAGGUCAGGCUACACUAGGAACAUAGCAGCUAGGUUAGGUUAAGGGACAUAGGGGCUAGGUUAGGUUAGAUUAAGGGACUUAAGGGCUAGGUUAGGUUAGGUUAGGGUCUGUUGGGAAGGGCUGGGGUCUACACUAGGGGCUGGGCUGGGCUAGGCUAGGUUAGGGCAGUCUUUACUAGGAACAUAGGGGCUAGCUAGGUUAGAAUAGGUUAGGGGACAUAGGGGCUAGGUUAGGGUCUGUUGGGAAGGGCUGGGGUCUACACUAGGGGCUGGGCUGGGCUAGGCUAGGUUAGGGCAGUCUUUACUAGGAACAUAGGGGCUAGCUAGGUCAGUAUAGGUUAGGGGCUAGGUUAGGUUAGAUUAGGUCGUUAGGUUAGGACAGGUCAGGUUAGGUUAGGUCAAGUUAGGUUAGGUCAGGUUAAGUUAGGACAGGUUAGGUUAGGUCAGGUUAGGUUAGGAUAGGUUAGGUUAGGUUAGAUUAGGUCAAGUUAGGUCAGGGUAGGUCAAGGAAGGAAGAGGAAGGCAAGGAGAAGGAAGAGGAGGAGGGAAAGAAAUUGAAGGAAGAUUAAAAAGAAGAUGAAGAGGAGGAAGAAGAAGAAGAAGAAGAAAAGGAAGAUAAAAAAAAGAAUUAGGGGUUGACUAAAUUAGGUUAGGAGAGAGAGAGAGAGAGAGAGAGAGAUGAUUAAUUCCAUUCCUCUGUAUGUAUGUGUAUAUGUAUGUAUGUAUGUACAUUUAUGAAGCUAUUUUAUGCACACAUCUACUGUCACUGCCUAUGUAUGUAUGUAUGUAUGUAUGUAUGUAUGUGCGUAUGUGUGUAUGUAUGUGUAUAUGUAUGUAUGUAUAGCUAAUGUAUAAGGAGGGGGGGAGGGAGGAAGGUCUUUUCAAUUAUUAUUAUUGUUAUUAUUAUUUGUGUAUAUAUUUUUAUAAUUAAUUAGUUUUAUCUAGUUAAAUUAAAUCACUAUUAUUAUUAUGAGAGAGAGAGAGAGAGAGAGAGAGAGAGAGAGAGAGAGAGAGAGAGAGAGAGAGAGAGAGAGAGAGAGAGAGAGAGAGAGAGAGAGAGAGAGAGAGAGAGAGAGAGAGAGAAAGUAAGGAAGGAAAGAUGGAGAGAGGAAAGAGAGAUGGAGGAAAGGAAAAAGAGAGAGAGAGAGAGAGAGAGAGAGAGAGAGAGAGAGAGAGAGAAGAAAGGAAGGAAAGAUGGAGAGAGAGGAAAGAGAGAUGGAGGAAAGGAAAGAGAGAGAGAGAGAGAGAGAAGGAGCAAAAGAGGGAGAAGAAAGGAAGGAAAGAGAGAGAGAUGGAGGAAAUGAAAGAGAGCGAGAGAGAGAGAGAGAGAGAGAGAGAGAGAGAGCACAAAAGGGACUCCCACAGACACCAUGGCAUCAAUAUAUCAUUUUUAUUAUUAUUAUUAUUAUUAGCAAUGAAAAUAAUGUUAAUAUAUAUAAAACUGUACUUACAUCAUUGGGCUAUUUUCUCCAUUAAGACCGGAAAUAUAUCAGUUUUGGGCUAUUUUUCAGUAGUAUUUCCACCUGUUGGGCUAUUUUUUAUUAUGAUAGAAAAUAUAUUAGUCUUGGGCUGUUUUCUGGCAGGGUGGGGAGGUUGGGCUAUUUUCUAAGACCUUGUAAAUUGCGUUGGGCUAUUUUCCGACAGGGUGGGAAGAUUGGGCUGUUUUCUGAGACCUUGGAAAGUGCGUUGGGCUAUUUUCCGAUAGGGUGGGAAGGUUGGGCUAUUUUCUGAGACCUUGUAAAUUGCGUUGGGCUAUUUUCUGAGACCUUUUAAAGUGCGUUGGGCUAUUAAUUGAUAGGGUGGGAAGGUUGGGCUAUUUUCUGAGACCUUGUAAAGUGUGUUGGGCUAUUUUUAAAGGGGGCUCUACAACCGUUGGGCUACUUUUUGUCCCUGGUCUAAUUGUUGGGCUAUUUUCUGUCCGGUAGAUUUAUUAAAGGGAGACUUUGUAAAUAAAACUGUUUACAAUUACAA